AUGGCGGUCCAACUGACUGAUUUGGAAACUGGCCAAGGAGAAGAAAACAGAAAUCUCCUCUUCACUUGUAACUGGAUUUUGGCCAUAGGCGAGAGAGACGAGGGCAGGGGAAUCAGCGAGUCCUUCGGCUUCACUACUUGUUACAAAACUGCUGCCUAUGACUGGUAAUAAUACAUUAAUUAUCAUCAAUAACAUCGUUAUGGCAAGCGUAAGGUAAUUUUUGCAGGAUCGGCCACAUCUACUUUCGUCGCCGGGCUCCCCGCUUUAAUUUGCCCAUGGAAGGACUCGAUUUGUAUCUGGAGCCGGGAAGAAUGCCUCUCGCUUCAACAAAACCUGCCAAGGUUCGGAUCGGUUAUACGGUGUAUAUGACGGAUGAAUUCAGGGAAGUCCUACGUGAGUUGCUGAUAAUUGUAGCUAAUGUUAACUUAGAUCAUGAGCCGUUGACCGACACUUACGUUGCCCCUUCUGUCUUUGGCUUGGUCGAGUGUUACAAAGCUCCGACUGGUCGAUUCAAGGAGAAGUUGGCUGAAUUCUUGGGAUCCCGAUUGCGUAAGAGGAGAGAUGUAUAAUUCAACAUCAUUUAGGAGGAACCUGGAGAUUUGUGGUGACGAUGGAGCUGGCUUUCUCGACCAAAAGUUUCUUGUCAGGACCCGAAAUCUUUUCGAAUAAUCUCCAUGCCCAGCCUGAUGACAUUUCAAAUGAUUUCAGAUUCGCCUUCAAAAAGAAUCCGUAAGAAUAUAAAUUGUUGUAGUGUCCAACACAUGAUGUAUCAUCCAUGGUGUUGUCAAAUCAUUAACGUUUCAGUGAUUUUCACUUGAUUUGUUCUGAUGGCCAAGUUACGGCUUCCAAAUUGGGUUUGUUUCUGGCUACGGAAUACUUUCGAGAGCUGUUUCUUCUUCAAAUGGAGCUCAAAAUUAACUCUACUGAUCAUGACCUGAGACAAUUCCGCCGACUCACAGUCACGACUUUGGUCGAUUAUUUGAUGUCGAAUACGAUUAAGGAGAACAUGGUGAUGGCGGUGGAAGAAGUCUCCGAACUCAUGCAAGUGGUCGAACUUCUGAAGCCGGUUCGGAAGGAUGAGCUGAGGUAUUACAUGCACAAACUCCUCAUCAACAGGCUAAAACAAGUAAUUUUUAAAGUUAUAUUGUAAUAUAUACAGUAAUCUUAGGUAGCGGAAACCAGGAUAGAAGAUGUGGUGAAGAUUCUUUUGGUGGCCAAUCGAUGUAACUUUGCUCAGCUGAAAAUCAUGUGUUAUGCUUCGGUUGUGAACAUGCAUUAUGAGGCAUUCAAAACAAGAUAUCGGAUUGAUGCAAGUCAUCGUAUUAUUCUUGUUAUUCUGUUUUGCUUCGUUUCCAGGCUCCGGAACCAGAAGAUCGUGAAGUUUUUGGCCAACUCCAAGCGACCCGCGCCUUCACCUUCCAAUCGCCCCUCGAAUUCAUCGACAAACUCCGUCUCAAGGCAUACAAAGUCUCCCUCGCCUUUGCGUGA